AUUUUAUUUAGUUACAAUUUAUCAGUCGGCGAAUAUUGUUCAAUUUUAUUUGAACGGUGAUUGCAUUUUAUCGCGAUUUUAUUGAAACAAAAAAUCAUCUACUUAAAAAAUCAAACAAACGGCGAAUAAAAAUGUCUGAACAAAAAAUAAGAGGUCCGCUACAUGGUAUCAACAGUCAUUGCAAAGUAUGUGGAGACCGAGCGAGCGGGAAGCAUUAUGGUGUACCUUCAUGCGACGGCUGUCGUGGCUUCUUCAAACGAAGUAUUCGCCGUAGAAAUUUGGAAUACACGUGCAAGGAAGGUGGAAAAUGCAUAGUCGAUGUAUCGCGCCGGAAUCAAUGCCAAGCGUGUCGUUUUGCAAAGUGUAUUGCAGCAAACAUGCGACCUGAAGCCGUUCAGCAUGAACGUGCCCCACGAUCUUGUGUACCAAAUUCGCAUUUGGCCGGUGGACUGGGAGCGGUGCAUCGUGCAUUUUCACCGAUACAACACAUGCCAUUUCCACACCAUCAAUACCACAAUGGUUUGAUACUACCGAUGCCGCUUCACAUGUCAUCAGCAUUUUCAACAUUGGACUCACAAUUACCGCGACAUUAUCCACAUUUAAGUGCUUUUGACUCAUUACAUUUUGCCACUUCGAAUGGUGGUUUACUGUCAACGUCGUUGCCACCACCACCGCCGCCGCCGCUUAUUUCAGCAAAUACAACAUUGCAAACAAAAUCGGUUUUGGACGCAAAUCCGUACUUGAAUCGAUACGUAUCGUCAAAGAAUGAAUCGGAACUGAGUCCACGAAGGCCAAGUCCAUUUACUGUACCGUUACUGUUGAAAUCGACCAAAGACAUAACUGGAAAAGAGGAUGAAGUUAGUAGCUCAGAGGAGAUUUUGCCGGCAACAACAUCAUCAGUACCAAUCACACAAGAAGUCAUCUUUGAAUCGGCCGCAAAGCUACUGUUUUUAGCUGUGCGAUGGGCAAAAACCAUCCCAUCAUUUGCUCAACUCAAUGUAAAUGAUCAAAAUUUAUUGCUUGAAGAGAGUUGGGCUGAAUUAUUUGUUAUAAUGUCGGCACAAUACGGAUUACCAAUUCAAAAUCUGAUGAUUCCGUCAAACGAAAUGGUAAUUCAUAAAUUAUACAAAGCGAUUCAUCAAAUUUUGCUCUUGCGACUGAAUCACACCGAAAUAGCGUGCCUAAAAACGCUAAUUUUAUUUCGACCGGAUUGUGUUGGACUAACAUCCACAUACGAAAUCGCCAUACUACAAGACGAAUCGUUGAAAUUAUUAUCGGAAUCAUGUGGUGGUGGUGCUACGCGUAUGGGUCAUAUUUUAUUGACGCUACCAUAUAUCCGUUCAGCAGCCGAUCGAAAGGUUAUUCAGGAAUUGUUGUUCAAGAAAACGGUCGGCGAAGUUGCAAUCGAAAAGCUUCUAUGUGAAUUAAUACGAAAUUAGAUUUUUUUUACACACGCAAGUCAUUUUCAUACCACACAACCAAAAUUAAUAAGUAAUUUUUCAA